CUUCCCUGGGGGCCCCCCGGGAAGCGUCUGCGCCUGCGCCCCGCGCGCAAAGUGAAAGAGGAUCGGGGAGACUAGACGGUCAGACUGCCGGGGAAAAAGCUUGGGGGACCGAGCAAAAUGGGCGUCCAGGAAUCUUGAUUCGAAUCGCGCUGCUGCCACUUCCUUACUGUGAAUUGCAAGUGUCUCUGCACUCUCUUAAGCCCCUGCACCUCCAUCCCUAAAAAUAAGUAUUAGAAGUACUUCUAAGUAGGGUACUGGGCGGUGGAACUUUCGAGCUUAAUCUCCCCCAUUUUACAGAUAGGAAAUCUUUGUUCUAGAAAGGACGGACUUGCCAAAUGUCAUCAAGAAGCGAAUGACGGCCGCCCGGACUUCAUACCCUGAUGCCAGCGUUCUUUCCUCUGCACCCUGUGGAUAAUAUCUGUCCCUGCUUCCUAGUUGUGAGGAAACUCCCUUUAGGUGUUCAUUCCCGAGAGGGCUUAAAAAGUCUUAAAAAUGAUAUCUUUCUGGCAUUGCCCCCACUCCACCCCAAACUUGAAUUUAUAAGCAGCUGCUUAUCUCCUUUAUUCCCCCUCCCUGCCACUCAAUUUAGUCCCCUAGAAACCCUCAUUUUUCUACAAACAUUCAUUCUCACAAAUAGGACAGCACACUUUGACUGCUAGACAUUUUUAUUAAAGACCAGCCCUGGUAAAGAAGGCCUUAGACCUUUAUUCCCCUUCCAGCCCAGGGAGUUUCUUUGGCCUUGAGCAAGCCUAGAAAUAAUGAGCCUGGAAUUGGGGUGGGAGAGGAAAGGAAAUACUAGUAGUCUAAGGGGUGAUAAAUUUGUAUAUUUUUAAGAGAUUUUCCUUACAGCAUCCUUUGGAGUAAUGCAAGUUUUAUCUCCAGGACCCAGACUCUGGAUCAGUGAAAAAUCUUUGCUAGACGACAGCAAGAGGAGACAUGAAAAUCAUACAACUGUUCUCUAGUCCAUCCCUGACAGGAUCAUUUGCCCUAAGACACUUCAGUCCUUGGGUGGGCCCCAGUGAAACUAGAUUGGUAGGUCACAGAAAGAGCCUGGCAUUUCCAUGUGUCGAGUGGCACCUGCUUAGAUGCCUGGGAUGGAAGCAGUCAUGUGGAAUGCUAAGACUAUUCAGUUCCUCCCUCCCCAAAUUCAGUUCAAACGAUGAGAUCCAGAAGAGAGUAUACAGCAGCUCUCUUGAGGUCAGUGAAUCACACUCUUUGUCCAAGCUGGACACAAAUGGCAAUAAAGAAGAAGAUUUUGGGACCCUAUCGGACAAAUAUUCAUCCAGAAAAAUGUUUCGUAAAACCACGUCAGACUUUCACAACUUAAGAAUUCAAGAAGUUGAAGAUGAGGAAGAUAAAAUACUGCAGAAGCCUUGGAAGGGUCGGCGGAAUACCCCUCAUUGGUAUUUCUAUCAAUGCAAGAGACUGAUAAAGGAAGACAAGUUGGCCGAGGCCCUGGAUUUGUUUGAGAGGCAGAUGCUGAAGGAGGAACGUCUCCAACCCAUUGAAUGUAACUAUUCUGUGCUGAUUGGAGGCUGUGGUCGGGCAGGCUACUUGAAGAAAGCCUUUAAACUCUACAAUGAUAUGAAGAAACGGGAUCUGCAGCCCUCUGAUGCCACUUAUACAGCCCUGUUUAACUCCUGUGCCAACUCACCAUGGAAAGACUCUGGCCUACAGAGUGCCCUAAAGCUUCAGCAACAGCUCCAAGCCAAAAACAUCCAGCUGAACUUAAAAUCCUACCAUGCACUACUGAAAGCCGCUGCCCUCUGUGCUGACAUCAGGAUGUGUUUUGAGGUCUUCAAGGAAAUCGUACUCAAAGGUCAUGUUAUCACCAAUGAGACUUUCAAUUUCCUGCUCAUGGGCUGCAUACAAGACAAGAAGACAGGCUUCAGAUAUGCCCUACAGGUUUGGAGACAGAUGUUGAAAAUAGGAAUUGAGCCUAAUGUUCACAGUUACAAUCUGAUGCUGUUUGCUGCCCGGGACUGUGAUCUAGGGGACCCCAAGGUGGCCUCAGAUUUGCUUCUGAAGCUUGAAGAAGAGCCGGCCCUGCUCCAACUGAAGGCAGACAAGUGGCACCAAAGAAAGAAAAUACAGGAACAGAAAGGCACCGUGGCCAAGCUGGAUGUACACUUAUUGGAGAGGCAGCUAUUCCAGGGAAUUUCCAGAGAGACCCAGGAUCCUCCAAAUUUCCAGAAAGUCAGAGAGGCCAAUGAGGUUCAGCCUGAACAGGAAAAUAACAAAGGAGGACUUGAUUCCAAACCAGCCAAUUCCCUAGUAGCACAAAAUCAAAGUCUGAGUAGGCUGGAGCCUGUGAAAGCUGAUGUUGCCCGAUUUUCAGAAUCUGUUUGCCUUCUGCCAAACUUGCUGGAUCUCAAGAUAUCUUACCUGAAAGUGGUUUCUUUAGGGACUGUUACUACUGCAGCUGAUAGAUUGGCUUUAAUGGGUGAGAUGGAUGGUUUCCUGAGGAAGAUGAAGGAGGACCAGCUAGAGCCUAACAUCAAAACUCUGACAUUGUUGGCUGAGAUUGUCAGACCAGACAGCCCAUCAGUUUCCUCAUUGUUGGCUCUUCUUGAUAAGCACAAAGUGGAAGCAGAUGUUACAUUUUUCAACACAUUGGUGAGGAAAAAGAGCAAAGUAGGGGACCUUGACGGGGCAAAGAAACUGCUCCCCAUCUUGGCAAGAAGAGGAUUAAUCCCUAACAUGCAGACAUUUUGUAACUUGGCCAUAGGCUGCCUUACGAAAAAUCAUGGAAUGCAGCUACUCACAGACAUGAAGACAUGUGGGAUGAUCCCCAACACCUACAUCUACAGCACCCUCAUCAGUUCAGCUGUGAAGAAGCUAGACUAUGCUUAUCUCAUAGACAUCCUUCGUAGCAUGAAGAAUAAUAAAGUCCCAGUGAAUGAAGUCAUAAUCCGACAGCUGGAGUUUGCGGCUACUUACCCUCCUACAUUUGACAGGUAUAAAAAGAAGAAUCCCUAUUUGGAAAAGAUUGAUGGUUUUCGAGCUUACUACAAGAAUUGGCUGAAAAUAAUGCUUGCAGAAGAAACUCCUCAUCCCUGGCAGAAAUAUAGGACAAAGCCUACAAGUAACAAGGCUAGUGAAGAGACUAAAGCAACCAAAGACAUGGAAGACCAGGAAGAACAGACACUAUCAUGAUCAUCUUCAGAGAUCUGACAACACAUCAUCUUUGGGACAUAAUGCAAAAACCCAGAAAUCUCAAAUUGUUAGGUGGUUGGUUGUCCACAAAGAAGACAUAAAGAAGUGGAAGCUUCAUAGAUUCAAGUAUCUGAUGGUCAUGACUUUUAACUGUCAAGUAUUUAUUACUGGGUUGUAGUGCAUUUGCAGUAUUACUGCAUUUUAGAAUAUUGUUAAUAGACUUUGUUACAUACCAGCUGAUUGUACCAGCUUUUGUUUCCUGAAUUAUCAGCCUUACAAAGCUGUUUUAAAUAGUUUUUUAAAUGCUGCAGCAAGAAAAUAAUAUCUAGAUGGCAGCCAGCAUAGUGAUGGACCUCAAGUUCAGAAAGAAGUUUGAAUAUUUAGUGUGAAGAAUAUCUGUGCAAAAGAAAUCACAUUAUGGCAAUCUUCAGGUAUUUGAAGGGAUGGUAAAUGGAAGAGGGAUUCAGUUUAUUAUUAUUGGAUCCCCAGAGGCAGAACUAAUAAUGGGUGAAAGUUGAAAAAACAAAUUUAAGGAGAAACUUCAAAUAACCUACAUUAUUUGAAGUGGACUGUAGGUCUUCAGUGAAAUAUUGGGUUCUCCUUCAUUGCAGAUCUUGCCAUAAGCUGGUUUAUCAGAGGGAAUAGCUGCUCUGAGCUUUGUACUAAUUCUGCAAGUACUGGGAUGACACUUUUAUUAUCUUUAACUUGUAGAAUACCUAUUCUGAGGUGAUUAAAAACUCUUACUUUAGAGUCAA